AAACAACAAGGCCGGAAAUAUUUUGAAGGAAUAUUGAUGCAAAAUUUGAGAAUCAAUCAAAAGGAUCCAUUCCAUAGUACAUAAGAGCUCCCUGGUGUUUAACAGGUUGUCAAAAACAAGUCCAUUAUUGAGACUCACUGCCGCAAAUGAAACUUCGUGUACUUUAUGAAAAUCUAGACGUUAAUAUAUUUAAGAAAGGCAUUUAAAAUCAGCUGCUCACUUACGAAUGGAUCAUUCAUCGUGUUUAAAGAGUUGGCCAUAUACACAUCAUAUUCUAUACAUAAGGAUUUUCAUAUGUGUCACGUUAUGCAGUAUAGUCUGCAUGGAAACGUAUGGCCCCUAUACAGUAAGCCCUUUCAACUUUCCUGAUUUGUACCUCAAUUUACACGUAGAACAAUCGCAUGGAUCACUAGUGGUAAAGAACACCACACAGUCUGUUAUCUACUUCCAUUCUCCUUGCAUUGGACGCACCAACGCAGGUUCACGUGUUACCAUUCAGAUCACGGACGCGCUUGAUCAUACAACGAUGUACAUUGAUCAUUCAAAUACCACAAUUGAUAUAGUCCAUGUGAAUUAUUUUGAGGACUUGAACUUGGCAGGAGCUGCACUGAAAAUUGUAUUGCAGAAUGGACACGUGGAGUUGAGUUCUAAUUAUAAUUUGGAUAAUGGCUUUGCAGAUUUUAUAGUAUAUAAUGAGUCACAUGAUGCCUUGACCUACUACCAUAAAAUACCAUAUGCUAGUCUAAGUCACGUGCGAACCAUGAUGCAAUUCCAAUUUCAAACAACAGGUGACGCCAAUACGGUAAUGAAAUGCCCUCCCCUUACGACUUUGAUUGAUGGACUUUGCUAUGGGUAUAUGUUUCAAUGCAAAACAUAUGAUGAAGCAUUUGAGCAUUGUGACAAUCACGAUGCAACCUUCCCUCUUCUAAAUCAACACACAUUAGAACAAUUGGCUGCGUCUGAAAGAAUUGGUAAUUGGCAGAUAAAAGAUGGCACUCACAUCUGGUCAGGUGUGCUCAGAACGAACUCAACUUUUAAAAUAGCUAACGGAAGUGCAGUAUCAGAAAGCGAUCUGAUAGAUUAUAUGAAUACAUCCCAACCGUUACCUAUUGUAAACGGAUCUUGCUACACGAUACAAGUUGGUAAUGCUUAUACACUAACACCUAGAGAUUGCGAUGGGAAAUAUUUCUACGUGUGUAGAAUUGGGCAAGGUUUCUAUGAUGACAUCUCGAGUUUGAGUUUGACGAAUUGGGGUGCCACUAUCAUGGGGAGGUGUGGGGAGCCACCUGUUCCAGCAACAGAAGAAGUAAUGACAUCAACAACAACAAUAUACGCACAAACAACAACAAAUUCAACAAUUAAAGCAGAGACAAUAGCACUGUCAACAACGGAAGCAGAGGCAACAACACAGUCAACAGCGGAAUCAGAAACAAUAGCACAAUCAACAACGGGCGCAGAGGCAACAACACAGUCAACAACUGAAACAGAAACAAUAGCACAAUCAACAAUGGAAGCAGAGGCAACAACAGCAACAACAUCAAGAUUAAAUUUAAUAACAUCAAAUCCAACGACAAAUACAGAAGAACAAUCUACAAUAACAACUGAACUGAGUCAUGAGUUUUUAACAACUAAUCGUUUAUCAGCCGAAACUAACCGUUAUGGACCAUUUUUCUUUCGACCAAAACUGCAUGCUGAUAAAUUUGUUUCCCUGGCAUAUUCCCACAAGGAAGAGCAAGGUUACCUUGAAGUCUCCAACCGCAAUGACACGGUCUUCUUCAUCGUUUAUCCUGCCCUACUGAACCCCAACUUUGCAAAUGCAAAUGUAGAAGUUGUAAAAUAUCUAAACGAUUCGACAGGAAUGAUAGGCAAUAUCACGACGUAUAUAGCAUAUGUGGCAGGCGAUGACAAUUCUGUGAUAACAAAGACAAAUGGAUUCUCAAAAUUGAGGGUAGGAAGGUCAAGCAGUGCAGAUGAUGUGUAUUUUAAAAGAUGGGUCAACCAAAAUGUCUCGCAAUAUGUACACUACAAUAUGACAGCGAAUACUAAUCUCACGUAUUAUACUGUAAAUCUAACUGCAGAUGGUGAACCGAAAACUCCGCCUUGGCAAUUAGCGAAAUUCAUUACAGAAUUCGCAGAUGAAACAAUUGCAACGUACCAAACAUGUCCGCUAGAUAUGGAAAAUAUAGCAAAUACAUGCAACUUAUUUAUGAGGGAUUAUUGUCUUAAUGUCACAGAGGCAGCAAAAGCAUGUAUGGGUUUAGGAUACCCGGGAGCUGAGAUGGCUUUUAUGGACUCUGACACGCAGUCAAAGAUCAUGAACAACAAAAAUCUCCCAUUCAAUGGCCGUUACAGUUAUUGGAAUGUUCAGCUCAAUAGAAGCUCUGUGUUCAACAACUAUUCUCAUGCGGAAGACGAAUGUUUAGUCAUUAAAGAUGGGUCCCCUGUGUUUAAAAGGUGCUCGGAGCGAACACGUUUCUACUGCAAAAUUGACAAAGGUCCUUAUAUGGACAUAUCGAAAUGGUCAGUUUUGGAUCACUUUCCAUUUUACUGGAAUAACGAUUACGAUGAAGAUUGCAAUCUCCUCUCUGGGCUGCUCGAAGCUACACCCGAAUCUACAGAAUAUAACAUCGCAGCUUCAAUGAAUGAAUUAUCUACAGAUUAUAAUACUGCAACUACAACUAGUCAACUAUCUGCAGAUUAUAACAUUGCAACUUCAAAUAACGAAUUAUCUACAGAUUAUAAUACUGCAACUACAACUAGUCAACUAUCUGCAGAUUAUAACAUUGCAACUACAACUAACGAAUUAUCUACAGAUUAUAAUUCUGCAACUUCAACUAACGAAUUAUCUACAGAUUAUAAUAUUGCAACUACAAUUAACAUCUUAUCUACAGAUAAUAACAUUGCAACUUCAACUAGCGAAUCGUCUACAGAAUACGAUAUUGCUACUACAAAUAACGAAUUAUCUACAGAAUACAAUAUCGCAACUUCAAUUAAUGAAUUAUCUACAAAUUAUAAUACUGCAACUACAACUAGUGAACUACCUACAGAUUAUAACAUUGCAACUUCAAAUAACGAAUUAUCUUCAGAAUAUAAAAGUACAACUUCAACUAACAAAUCGUCUACAGAAUAUGUUAUUGCUACUACAAAUAACGAAUUAUCUACAGAAUAUAAUAUCGCAGCUUCAAUUAAUGAAUUAUCUACAGAUUAUAAUACUGCAACUACAAGUAGUGAAUUAUCUACAGAUUAUAACAUUGCAACUACAACUAACGAAUUAUCUACAGAUUAUAAUUCUGCAACUUCAAGUAACGAAUUAUCUACAGAUUAUAUUAUUGCAACUACAACUAACGAAUUGUCUACAGAUUAUAAUAUAUCAACUUCAACUAACGAAUUAUCUACAGAUUAUGAUACUGUACACCAAACUAAGGAAGAAGUUAGAAACCAUUUUAAUACGGUGAUUACAGAAAAACCGCGCACCGAUGCUUUAAAUUCUUCUUCCCCAACUGCAAAAGUGACAUACAGACGGGCAAAGAAAGUAGUGUUCCCUGUGGAAGAAGCAUUCGCUGCCCCAGUAAUUGGAACAUUGCCCCUGCUCGUGGUGGUUGUACUUGUAUCUGGUAUAGUAAUGUUAGACUUCAGUCGCAUUUUAAAAGACAUGCGUAGAGCAUCCAGGAAUGUAAAGCGAGUAUUAAAGAAACUGUGA